UUCGACAUCAUCUGCCACCACAUGAGGUUCAACCUCAGCGAGGUGCAGCGCGUGAUGCCCAACGACUCCUUCUACUUCUCCAUCGUGCGCGACCCCGCCGCUGGCGAGUCGGCCUUCUCGUAUUUCCGCUCUGCCCCCGCCUUCCGGAGCGCGCCCUCCCUCGGCGCCUUCCUGGCGGCGCCCUGGCGCUACUUCCGCCCGGGCCUGCGCGGCAACCACUACGCGCGCAACCUGCAGUGGUUCGACUUCGGCCUGCCCGAGCCGGCGGGCCCGGCGCAGAUCCCGGCGCUGCUGGGCGGCCUGGGCCGCGCCUUCCCGCUGGUGCUGCUGGCCGAGCGCUUCGACGAGUCGCUGGACGCCGUGGACGCCUUCGCGCACAACGCGCGCGGCUCCGCGCGGAGCCUCUCGGCCGAGCAGCGGCGGCGGCUCCGCGCCUGGAACGCGCUGGACUGGGCGCUCUACUCGCACUUCAACCGCAGCUUCUGGCGCGAGGCCGAGCGCUCGGGCUGGAGCGCUCGGGGCCUGGCCGGGCGCUGCCUGCGGGGCGGGGGGCCCCCCGUGCCCGGCGCCGACAUCGCCGAGCGCGGCCUGCGGCCGUUCCAGCCGCCCGGGGCCGGCGCCAUCUUGGGCUUCGCGCUGCGCCCGGGGCUGCGCGGGGAGGAGCGCGAGCUGUGCCGGCGCCUGGCCAUGCCCGAGCUGCCCUACAAGGACCUGCUGGACCGCCUGCAGUUCGGGGACACCAACGGCACCGCUGGGCCGCACCCGGAAGAGCGGAACGGGCCCGGACCGGAGCCGGGACCCUCCGGGACCCCCCCCCGGUAA